ACCACUAUAAUGCAAGCUAAUGAAUGAUAUGCAGAGCAGCCCGCCCAUCAAAAGAACUUGCGCCGUUUUAAACAACUCCGUCUAAAUCUCUGUUUCUUGCUGGGUAAGGAAAAAUUCCUUACCUCUCUCUCCACACACUAUAUCAGUAAUUCCCCAACUCUCACUAAAACCCCUACCUAGGGUUUCAACUCCCACGAUAAGAGAAGAGAAAUUUGAGUGUGUUCCAAUUACAUUUACCUAAUCAAUCAAUCAAUCAAUCAAUCAAUUCAAUGGCGGAUGACAGUAGUGCGGCGGCGGCGGCGGCGGUGGGGACGUUGGGGAACUCGGUGAUACCGUUGGUGAACAAGCUGCAGGAUAUUUUCGCGCAGCUAGGCAGUCAGUCAACGAUCGAGUUGCCGCAGGUGGCCGUCGUCGGGAGUCAGAGCAGCGGUAAAUCAAGUGUGCUGGAGGCGCUCGUUGGGCGUGAUUUCCUGCCGCGUGGCAAUGACAUAUGCACGCGCCGUCCGCUGGUUCUGCAGCUAGAGCAGAGGAAGGGGAAGGCUGAUGGAACGGACCACGAGUGGGGCGAGUUCCUGCAUUUGCCGGGGAAGAAAUUUUUCGAUUUCAAUGAAAUCCGGAAGGAAAUUCAGGCGGAAACAGAUAGAGAAGCUGGAGGAAACAAAGGUGUUUCAGACAAACAGAUACGAUUGAAGAUAUUCUCGCCAAAUGUUCUCGACAUUACGCUUGUGGAUCUGCCAGGCCUAACAAAAGUGCCUGUUGGUGAUCAGCCAUCUGAUAUUGAAGCACGCAUUAGAACAAUGAUAAUGUCAUAUAUUAAACGUCAAAGUUGCCUGAUUAUUGCUGUUACGCCAGCGAAUUCUGACCUGGCUAACUCAGAUGCUCUUCAGAUGGCUGGAAUUGCUGAUCCCGAUGGUUAUAGAACAAUUGGUGUGAUUACUAAGUUGGAUAUUAUGGAUAGAGGUACAGAUGCCCGCAAUUUUUUGCUCGGGAAAGUUAUUCCUCUACGGCUUGGCUAUGUCGGUGUUGUCAAUCGCAGUCAAGAGGAUAUUCAAAUGAAUCGAAGCAUCAAGGAUGCGCUUACAGCAGAAGAGAAGUUCUUCCGCAGUCGCCCAGUAUACAAUGAUCUUGCUGAUCGUUGUGGAGUUCCACAGUUGGCCAAGAAUUUGAACCAGAUCCUGGUUCAACAUAUUAAGACAGUUCUCCCAGGGUUGAAGAAACGCAUUAAGGAUGCGCUGGUUUCUGUUGUGAAGGAGCACGCUAGCUUAGGAGAAAUUACUGAAUCAAAGGGUGGCCAGGAAGCACUACUCCUUAACAUUCUCUCGAAAUACUCUGAAGCAUUCUGCUCAAUGAUAGAAGGAAAAAAUGAGGAAAUGUCAACGACUGAGCUGUCUGGUGGAGCAAGAAUCCAUUACAUUUUCCAGAAUAUUUUUGUAGCGUGCUUGGAGGAUGUAGAUCCUUGUGAGGAUUUAACUGAUGAUGACAUCCGCACUGCCAUUCAAAAUGCAACUGGUCCCAGGUCGGCACUUUUUGUGCCAGAGGUGCCAUUUGAAGUUCUUAUUAGAAGACAAAUAGCACGUUUGUUGGAUCCAAGUCUUCAGUGUGCUAGAUUUAUCUAUGAUGAGCUAAUCAAGAUGAGCCAUCGGUGUACGGUUAAUGAGCUCCAACGGUUUCCAGUUCUACGAAAACGCAUGGAUGAAGUCAUUGGGAAUUUUUUGCGAGAAGGGCUUGAACCUUCAGAGACAAUGAUAGGACACAUUGUUGAAAUGGAGAUGGAUUACAUAAAUACUUCUCAUCCAAAUUUUAUUGGUGGGAGUAAAGCUGUAGAGAUUGCAUUACAACAGAACAAAUCAUCUGGGGUUGGUGCACUCAUUCCAAGGCAGAAGGAUACAGGAGAUUCAGAGAAAGUACCUAACUCGGAGAACAGUCAAAAGUCUCGGAAAUUAUUUGGACGGCAAGUGAAUGGAAUUCAUCCAGACCAAGGUGUUCGACCUGUAGGAGAUGCUCAAAAAACUGCACAAGCUGUCAACAAUACUGGUUCAACUUGGGGAAUAUCUUCAAUUUUUGGUGGUUAUGACAAUCGCACAUCAUUGGGAGAGAGCUCAUCCACUAGCAAGCCGUUUAACGAACCUGUUCAUAACAUUGAGCAGGGUGUUUCGAUGAUUCAUUUGAGAGAGCCCCCUAGUGUAUUGCGGCCCUCAGAUACCCAUUCAGAUCAAGAGGCUAUUGAGAUUACUAUUACAAAGCUGUUAUUGAAGUCGUAUUAUGAUAUUGUAAGGAAGAACAUUGAGGAUUCUGUGCCGAAAGCAAUUAUGCAUUUUCUGGUGAACCAUACCAAGCGAGAGCUCCAUAAUGUUUUUAUCAAAAAACUUUACAGAGAAAACAUGCUCGAAAAAAUGUUGCAAGAACCAGAUGAGAUUUCCAUUAAGAGAAAGCGUACCCAUGAGACACUUCGGGUACUGCAUCAAGCUUUCCGGACUCUGGAUGAACUGCCACUUGAAGCUGAGAGUGUUGAGAGAGGUUACAGCCCGAGUACCGACCCAACGGGCCUGCCAAAGAUCAACGGGCUUCCAACAUCAUCUUCUUAUUCAACUGAUUCAUAUAGUGCUUCCUCACAGAAUCCAUUUUAUCCAGAUACCAACAAUGGUGGUGGACGUAAUUCUCUUGCCGGUCAUUAUUACCGUUGAUAUAUAUAUAUGGAAUAGCCAUUCGUUCUUUCUAGACCAUUGUUCUUUUUUUUUUCUUUCUAAAAUGAAGCGUAACCAUAUAUUAUAAUCUAUUUUUCCUGACCAUUUUUGUUUUGCUGUUUGGAAUACUCUAUAUCCAUUAUUCCUUUCAUCCCUCUUCCAAGUGAUGCUGCUUUAGUAUGGUGGAGGAAUUUAAAGUGUAAGUAUUCUGAUGAAUAAAUACUGAAAGGCUUGUGUAUAGUAGUAAAUCCACUAUUUUUUAUUCUAAAACUCUUUUCUUAUGCUCUGUUUAAUAGUGAGAAAGAUUCAUUCUUGAUU